AUGGCAGAACUUUUUGAGGAAAGUGUUUCCUUUAUUAAUAGUGUACCUAAAAAUGUAAAUUUACCUAACAAUAUUAAGUUAAAUUUGUAUAAAUAUUAUAAACAGGGUACAAUAGGUAAUUGUAAUAUAAAGGAACCAAGCAAAUUUAAAGUUUAUGAUAGAAGAAAGUAUGAAGCUUGGAAAUCUGUAGAAAAUUUAAAUAAAGAAGAUGCAAAAAAGAGAUACGUUGAACUUGUUACUGAGUUGUUUCCCUACUGGCAAAACGAGGAAUAA